UCUGUCAAAAGAAAUAUGUCACGAACACAUAAAUCUGCAGUAUAUUAAUUAAUCUAUCACAACUAGACAGUAGCUUUUGUAAAAUUGCUGGAAUUAAUUUUGAAAGACAUUUUUGUAUUUGUUUUUUUUUUUCUACACAUGAGACAAGAUUAUUUGAAACAUGAAAAUAACCCAAUUAGCCCAAAUUUUUUUUGAGACAAUCUAGUAAUUAAACUCAUAAUUUGGAUUAAUUUAGUAUCUUUCCAUAUUGUUUUCUGACGUUUUCAUCAGCUGUACCAUUCAAGCAAAUAUUAUUUCUUUGCGUGACAACUUAAGACAAAUUUCUAAAAGAAUAAUAAACAUGGCAAAAGUUUUUUUUUUUUGGUCUUUUCUUUUGACGUUUUCGCCACACUCGUUUUUAUUAUUCUAGCAAAGACUGAUUCUUUUGGGAUACAACUUUGAAAAUUUUCUAAAAUAUUAUAAAUUCGCUGGAGUAGGUAUUAUAAAGGUAUUAAAAUCUUAAAGAUCAUGUCACAUAUGGUUGAACAGUCCGCUGGAGUUAUUAAUAAAUUUUAUAUAUGGAUCUGCUUUGAUCAUUUCUGAAAUUUCGCUGGACCCUGAAACUAUAAUCUAUGCAACAAAAAUAUAUAUUAUCUAUCAUAUAACCACUUGUGGAGCCUAUAUGAUUAAAGUGAUCAAGUUUCAUAUCCAAAACCUUUUGUGGAGCCUAUAUUGCUAAAAAGGAGAGAAAAACAGUCGGUGAAUAAAUAUGGCAGACACGGUGGAGGCGAUGCCCAAUCCUUCUCUAUUAGGAGAGCUUGAGGUAGAAGUUGAGAUCAAAGCUCCCGCGGCAACAUUCUACCACAUCUAUGCAGGAAGACCACACCAUGUGGCUAAAGCCACUCCUCGCAACGUCCAAUCAUGUGAUCUCCACGAUGGGGAAUGGGGUACCGUAGGCAGCAUCGUCUUUUGGAACUACGUUCAUGAGGGGCAAGCAAAGGUGGCAAAAGAGAGGAUUGAAUUAGUAGAGCCAGAGAAGAAACUGAUAAAGUUUAGGGUCAUAGAAGGAGAUGUUAUGGCCGAGUACAAGAGUUUCUUGAUCACGAUUCAGGUGACCCCGAAGGAAGGAGGAGUUGGAAGUGUUGUGAAAUGGCACCUUGAAUACGAGAAGAUUGAUGAGAACGUGGCUCAUCCAGAGAAUCUCCUCCCUUUCUUCGCCGAGAUGACCAGAGAGAUCGACGAACACCUCUUAUCCGAGGAAUAAAUAGACUCUUGGUAAUAUUUAUAUAUUGUGUGCUCUAGUUGUAGAUAAAGUUUAUGCGUUUGUUGCAUGAUGAUCAUAUGUUUGAGAUUGCUUAUAGUUGACCUCAUGUUUUAUUUUGUGAGUUGCAAAUUCUAAGGUUAUGCGUUUGUUACAUGAUAAUCAUAUCUUUGAGAUUGCAUAGUUGACUUCAA